AUGUUCUUUUCCUCUUGUCCUUUUUUAUUCGUCUUUUUUUUCUUUUCUGUUUUAUUCCUUCCUACCGUUCGUGCACUUCUUAAUGUGCCUUCUAUUCCUGAUAUUCAUAUUCUUUCUUUCUUUCUUUCUUUCUUUCUUUCUUUCUUUCUUGCAUUUCUCUUUUUUCCAUCCUCCAUCUUUUUUUUUAUUUUUCCUAUAGUCUCUUUAUUAAUUCUAUUUCUUUUAUUUCUUCUUUCUUUCCUGAGUCAUAUCUACUGCUCUUAUCUUCCUUUUCUUUUCAUUCUACUUUUAUUAUCAGUCUGUUUUCUACUUUUCUUUUUUUUCUUUCUUUUCGACUUGAUUUCCUUCAUGUCUGUUAUUAUGCCUUUCAUUUUUGACAAUUCCCCUUCCUCCAUCUUAGAUUUUCUCAUUAAUCUAUCUCUUUCACUACAGGCAUUAUAUCUCUCCAUCGUCGACGACGUAGACCACGACCACGAACCAUAUUCUCGCCUUAAAGAGACAAUUCUUAAACAUACCGAUCGCUCAGACAAAGACCUGAUACGGCAACUCUUUAAUAACUUCACUAGAGAUAAUGAGACUCCAUCUAAGCUCUUACACUUCAUGAAGAGUCGUCUCUGCAAGCAUAGCGGAAUCAAGCCUCCGAGGCCUGUGAUUAGACUGUUUAUCUUCGACAGUUACACAGAUUCUCGCUCCGGUGUCUGA